AUGUACGUUUACAACAGCGUACAGGAUCUCGUAGCUUGAUUGGACACCUCUACUGUAUGGUAAGGAAUGUUAUCUGUACAACUAUAUUUAAAUUAGUAAAUCAUUUAGAAUUUAUAGAUGCACAAUAUACAUCGUAAAUUGAUGUCUCUGUUUUAUUUAUAUUUUUUUUGAAAACUUUCAAUUGUCGCAUGUCGGCAUGUGACGUGGUUGUGAAACUAAUUUAUAUUUUCUCUUGCGAAAAUAUCAGAAGGCAAGGCAAGCAUACUGUGAGAGUACAGACAGAGAGAUGAGUCUACUUGAGCAAUUCAAGGUGUGCCAGACGAGCAGAAAUGGUUUGACUGGACAUUUUGCACAGAGUGUUAUUUCUGACAUGAAAGUGGAGCUGGCAAAACCAAAGAAAGAUGGUAUAGAAAAAACCCAGGAAGAAUGUCUGAAUUCAUUUUCCAAGGUACUACAAUGUCAUGGUAUAGCCAACAACACAUUCCUGCGUAAUGCUGGGUUCACAACUAAUUUGUCGAGGUCCAAGUCCAAGUCAAAGCCCAAGCGCAGGUUGAGGUCCAAGUCAUUGUCUUUUUAUGUUCUCGAGGAACUACUCAAAGAGGAACGAGCAAUAGUGGCUGCACAAAGAGUAGUCAUCCACCGUAUAACUGCAGGAUUAGAAGCAAGUCAAGCCCACCUGGGCAACAUCCUGAGAAAGUGUGGGAGAUGCUGA